AUGCCAAGUUGCAGUCUCCGUUUUACACCGCUGAUUUCCCGUCUAAUUACUACUUUAGGGUGCCUCCCUCCAUUUCUUGAUUUGCUUAUCUUUUCUUUCUGUCUCUUUUACCUUUCUUUCUUUCUUUCUUUCUUUCUUUCUUUCUUUCUUUCUUUCUUUCUUUCUCCGAAACUUUUACCUUUUCUCUUCUUUUUGUUAUUUCCCCUCUCUUUAUUUAUUUAUUUAUUUAUUUAUUCUUUCUCUCCAGUUUUUCUUUUAGCAUUUUUUCUUUCUUUCUUUCUUUCUUUCUUUCUUUCUUUCUUUCUUUCUUUCUUUCUUAAUCUCUAUCGCCUUUUGUCUUUUCUUUUUCUUUUAUUUCUUAGAACCUAUUUUAUAUUUCAGUUUUUUCUUUUGGUCACGUUUUCUGUUUAUCAUCUUUCUUUAUUUCGUUCUUCCUUUCUUUCUUUCCUUCUUUCUUUCUUUCUUACUUUCAUUCUUUCUGUCCUCUUGUUUUUCCGUGUGUCUUUCUUUCUUUCUUUCUCUCUCUCUCUCUCUUUCUUUCUUUCUGUCUUUCUGUCUGUCUGUCUAUCUGUCUUGCUUUCUAUCUUUCUUGAUUUUUUUCUUUCUGUUUUUCUUUCGUUCUUUGUUUGUUUGUUUCUUUCUUUCUUUCUUUCUGUCUGUCUGUCUAUCUGUCUUUCUUUCUUUCUAUCUUUCUUGCUUUUUUUCUGUCUUUCUGUUUUUCUUUCGUUCUUUGUUUGUUUGUUUCUUUCUUUCUUUCUUUCUUUCUUUCUUUCUUUCUUUCUUUCUUUCUUUCUUUCUUUCUUUCCUUUCUCCUUAACCCCUUCGAAUUUUAAUUCAUUCGUCGCCUUUCUUUACGGAGCGAUACAGUUUAUCUCUUUCAUUCGUCCACUUUUUUCUUCUCACCUUUCUUUUCGCUUAUCACGUUCAAAUCGGAACAUUUCCUUUCUCGCCACAUUGUCGCGCAUUUUUAAUUUCAGCGUUUUUCUCUCGUUAUUUUGUGGUACCAUUUCAUUUUCCCUUUCUUUUUUUAAAUUAAAAAGCUUAGCUUUUCAUCGUCUACCUCUUCUUCUUCUUCUUCUUCUUCUUCUUCUUCUUCUUCUUCUUCUUCUUCUUUCUGUGUCUCUAUAUAUCACCCUCACUCUAUUAUUUUAUACUUCUUUAUUACUCUAUUCUCUCUAUAUAUAUAUUCCUUUCAUUCUCUUUUUCUUUUCCUCUUUAAAUCCGAAGUCUUUUCUUCUUCCUUUAUUUCUCUCUCUGUCUGCGCCUUCCUUUAAUUUAAAACACCUUUCUCUUCAUUUUCUCCCCUUUUUUUUCCUUCUGCCACUCUCACUCACUCUCUCUUAUCUUAAAAUUCAUUUCAUUUUCUUUCUUACCGCCAUGUUUCUUUUUUCAUUCCUAUUUUUUUUCUUUAAUUUUUUUAAAAACCUUUUCUUCUUCCUUUUAUUUGUUUAUUCUUUUAUCCUUUUUUUCUUCCUUUUCUCUUCCUUUUCCCCCAAAUUGAAGCAUCAUUCCUUCUUUUUCUUCUUUCUUCGAUCUUUUUUUUCAUUUAUUCUUUUCGUUUUUAUUUUCUUUAUUUAUUCUCUUCAUUUUUUGCAAAUUAACGAUGAAUAUUUCUUUUUGCUUUCUUUCUUGUUUUUAAGACCUUUCUUUUCUAUUUCUCUUUAUUCUCGUGUUCUGUUUUUCAUUUUCUUUCAUUUUUUUUCAAUUUUUCUUCCCUUUUGUUUUUCUUUUUUUUUUUUUUUUAUUUUUUUUUUGUUUUUCAUUUUUUUUUCUUUCUUAUCUCAUUUUGAAAUUUUUCUUCCAUCUUUUUUUUUCACUUUUUUUUUUACAAUUUUUUCGGUUUCUUUUUAUUUCUUCUUCUUGAAAUUUGUUCUUUCUUUUCUUCUUUCGUUUUUUUCUUCUUUUAUUUCUUCUUCUUUUGUUCUGUCUUCUUCUUCUUCUUCUUCUUCUUCUUCUUCUUUCGUUCUGUCUUUCUUCUUUCGUUCUGUCUUUCGUCUUCAUCCUCUUCUUUCAUUCUGUCUUUCUUCUUCUUCCUCUUCUUUCGUUGUGUCUUUUCUUCUUCUUCUUCUUCUUCUUCUUCUUCUUCUUCUUCUUCUUCGUCUUCUUUUUUCUUCUGUCUUUCUUCUUUCUUCUGUCUUUCUUCUUUUUCUUCUUUCCUUCUGUCUUUCUUCUUCUUUCUUUCUGUCUUUCUUCUUCUUCUUUAAAUAUAAACCAUUUUCCCCCUUAUCUUUUUCAUUUCAUCCUCCGUUUAUUUCGUCCCAGUUUUUUUUAAUCUUUCGCAAUCUAUUUUAUUCUUCAAUUUUUAAAUUUCUCCCUUUCUCUCUUUCUAUUUAUCUUCCCAUUUCUUUUUAUUCGAUAAUUUUUACUUUUUUUUUUUUUACUUACCUUUUCUUUUCGUUCUUUUUUCUCUUUUUUUGUCAGUAA